UGUGAUACACGGGAGACCCCCCUCCCCUAUCUCCACAGCAGAUGAGUAAAUGUCACUUUCAAAGGUACACUGGCACACAAAAAAAGGCGGUACAAUGAAAAUAAUACAAAUUGCCACUCGUUUAUGGGCCACAGUGGCUCACGAAGGGUACUAUCAAAGGAGAGUGUGUCCCUGUGAAGUCAUUUGAUCCUUCAAAGCUGUUGCGAGUUUUUGCUUGUUUUCUGAGAUACGGUUUCUCUGUGGAGCUCAGGCUGUCCAGGACCUCGCUCUAUAGAUCAGGGAUUCGUCUGACUCGGUCUCCCCGGUUCUGGGAUUAAAGGCGUGCACACUACGGGCUGCGGUUUUUAUUAAUAAAAUAUUGGACACGUUUGCCAAAAAAAAAAAAAAAAGCAGAGUCGGUCAGUGUGAGCUGCAUUCCCCUUCCCCAACACGAACUCACUUCUACUAGGCAACAGUGACCCACGGGGGACCGACGUGAACCCCGUGGGAACCCCGCCGGGACUCUUGAGCACUUCCGGUUCCUGAGCGGCCCACCCCCACAUCCAGACGGCCUUGCGCACGCGCGCCUUAGUAUUAUUGGUGUGGUCUGAGCGUGCGCCUUUCUGUAGGCUCCAGAAGACACGGGCGACCCGGAAGACUUUCCUGCCACACUCCAGAGCCAGUGCGAGGGGCGUCGAUGGCGGAGGUUGCGGAGGUACCGCACCACCAAAGAAAGGUUCCACGAAUACCUGGAUGCAGACAAGCAGGAGGGUGCGUGCCAGGAAACGCCUACAGAGGGCCCAGCUGAACCGGAGGCCAAAAGAAUCCGCUUGGAAGAUGGGCAGGAGAAUGGGAAGACAGAGGUGGCAGUUGAGUCCCAUGAAAGGCAGGUGCCCAAGAGGGCCCGGGGCCAAAACAAAAGCCGGCCCCACAUGAAGCCAGCACACUAUGACAAGGAGAGGCUCUGCCCAUCCCUCCUUCAGGAGUCGGCCACUCCAUGUGCAUUUGGAGACCGUUGCCGCUUCCUGCAUGAUGUGGGGCGCUACCUGGAGACCAAACCAGCAGACCUGGGCCCCCACUGCGUGCUCUUCAACACCUUCGGCCGGUGCCCUUACAGCAUGACCUGUCGUUUUGCUGGGGCACACUUGGGACCUGAGGGUCAGAACCUGGUGCAGGAGGAGGUGGUGGCCCGCUGUGCACAGCUCCCUUCGGUGCGAAAUGGCCUCGACAGGGCUCUGCAGCAGCAGCUGCGGAAGCGCCAAGUUUGCUUUGAGCGAGCUGAGCAGGCCCUGAGCCACCUUACCCAGGGCCCCAUGCCCACGAUUGCCCCUGAGAGCACUGUGGCCACAUUGACCCCAAAGCACAGCAGCUGCCAUGUCCAGCUAGACAACGUAGGAGGGGACGGUGCCGGGCAGGGCAGCCCUGUGCCCACCUGCGGCCCCUUGACCGACGAGGAUGUGGUCCGGCUGCGGCCCUGUGAGAAGAAGCGGCUAGACAUCAGCGGAAAGCUGUACCUGGCUCCUUUAACCACGUGUGGAAACCUACCCUUUCGCCGUAUCUGCAAGCGCUUCGGUGCAGAUGUGACCUGCGGUGAGAUGGCCAUGUGCACAAACCUGCUCCAGGGACAGAUGUCUGAGUGGGCUUUGCUCAAGCGCCACCCCUGCGAGGACAUCUUCGGGGUUCAGCUGGAGGGCGCAUUCCCUGACACCAUGACCAAGUGUGCUGAGCUGCUCAACCGCACGAUUGACGUGGACUUCGUGGACAUCAACGUGGGCUGCCCUAUCGACCUCGUCUAUAAGAAGGGUGGUGGCUGUGCACUCAUGAAUCGCUCAGCCAAGUUCCAACAGAUUGUGCGGGGCAUGAAUGAGGUGUUGGAUGUACCCUUGACGGUGAAGAUGCGCACGGGUGUUCAGGAGCGUGUGAGCCUGGCACACCGACUGCUGCCUGAACUGCGGAACUGGGGUGUUGCACUGGUCACACUCCAUGGCCGCUCCAGGGAACAGCGCUACACCAGGCUGGCCGACUGGCCCUACAUCGAACAGUGUGCCAAGGUGGCCAGCCCCAUGCCCCUGUUUGGAAAUGGAGACAUCCUUUCGUUUGAGGACGCCAACUGUGCCAUGCAGACAGGGGUUGCUGGGAUCAUGGUUGCCCGUGGCGCCUUGCUCAAGCCCUGGCUGUUCACUGAGAUCAAAGAACAGAGACACUGGGACAUCUCAUCCUCUGAGCGCCUGGACAUCUUGAGAGACUUCACACACUAUGGCCUGGAACACUGGGGCUCUGACACACAGGGUGUGGAACGGACCCGGCGCUUCCUUCUUGAGUGGCUCUCCUUUCUUUGCAGGUAUGUGCCCGUGGGCCUGCUGGAACGACUGCCACAGAGGAUCAAUGAAAGGCCACCCUACUACUUAGGCCGUGACUACCUGGAGACACUCAUGGCCAGCCAGCAGGCUGCAGACUGGAUUCGAAUCAGUGAGAUGCUGCUUGGACCAGUUCCACCUGGCUUCGUCUUCCUGCCCAAGCACAAAGCCAAUGCCUACAAGUAGCUAACAGAGACAAUAAAUUUUAUUCUUGUAGAA